AACGACUAUAACCCCAACGCUACACGAGUGGAAGCUAGGGUAAUGUACAGAGCAUCACCAAAUAUCCGGAGAUACUACUACUUCCGACUCCAACCCAACUUGAAGCUCAAUUGCCACACAUGCCAUAUAAAUAUCGGACAUCGAGCUACCGGAUCCUCACUCUCCGCACUUUUGGAUUCACUGCACUUGACCAGGUUCCUUGCAUCACCAACUGGUAUCGGUAAACGCUUCGAUAAGCCAGACAUAACGAUCAGACUGUUUCGUAUCACCUUGCGUUGGGCACGAUGAGUAGCAGCUUAGAGGGCUCGGCAAAUAGUUUCGAUGCAUAUGUGGCCAUCAUCGGGCCGACCCAAGUUGGUGGGCUUUUGAGCGCUGCAUUAUUUGGUUGUCUUGCCUGCCAGUCCUACUUGUAUUUUACAAGAUUCAGGAGCGAUGGCUUCGCCCUGAAAGCAACUGUAUCUGCAAUCCUUUUGAUUCAGCUGGGCCAAUUUGUCUGCAUAAUAUUAACAUUGCGGGCAAUGACUGUCAGUGCCUAUAGUGAUCCAUCUCGGCUCAACAUCCUUCCUCUAGCGGCAGACCUGGUCAUCAUGUUGAGCGGCUUUACGGUAUUCAUCGUUCAUUCAUUUUACGCAUUUCGACUUUGGAAGUUGACUAGAAGCCUUUUCUUCCCUAUUCUUUGCGGAAUGCUCUCUGUGGUCGCACAAAUCUCCAUGCUCAUUCUCUCAGUAAGGGCGUUUUCUAUGACGGACAUCAUGACGUUUAUAGACAGUCAAAUUGUGCUGAUUGCGCUGUCUUGGAUUGCACGUGCGGCCUGUGACUCCAUCACCACCGUCGGCGUCACCUGGAGUCUGAAAAAGAAACGAGUCUCUGGUUUUAGAGAGUAUGACUAUGUAUCCGACAUCGCCUACCACUCCUUACCACAUCUGUUAUAGCACGGUGACGACGGUCGACCGCUUGAUUCAUUGGACACUUGAGAGUGCUCUGAUCACCAGGUAUUUACCUCUCUCAUCAGUCGUUUCCUUUAAUGAUCUCUCAGUUUGACGACCAUAACCGUGAUAAUCUUGGUAAGGAUUUUACUUCCCUGAAUG